UGUGGCCCUCGUUGGCAGAUUUCGCGGGCGAGAUUUGUCGUCGAUCCAUGGGGUGUCAGAGAAAUGGGUUAUAUACUACACUUUACUACGAAGGGGGGACGAUCGUUUUCCUUCCUCCCCCCCCGGCUCCCUUCAGUACGUAUUUACGACCCGACGUUUUUUUUUUAAUUACCAACUUGUUCGCGUCGGACGGUCCUCCCAUCAUUUAUACCCGUGCGCCUCUCUGAUACCCCAUGCAUUCCCGUUAUUCUCCUGCUUCCAGUGAGAGCAGUAUCGAUAUCGAGUGGCCAUCGGUACAGCUUUUCCUCGCUACUCGUUCCAGAGUCGUCAGGUUCCCCCAUCCCCCAGAUUCGAGGAUACUCCAACAUUUCCCGCCGCCUGUAUCAAUGUGGACUUUGCGGGAUAACAGCCGAGAGAGCGUAUGGGCCGUGUUCAAGACCCACCAAGAGGCAUGUACGGCGUUGUCAUUGUCGAGCGCCGCGCUGAUCGUCGCGCCCGCCCUCGACCUCGACCUCGAGCCAUUUCACAAGCUUCAGAGAUUCGACAUCCAGACCCAGGCGCUCGUAGUUUCCGAUUCACCACCACCACCAUCCACGAUGCUCGAGCCUGUCUAUAUCGCGUCGCGCAAUGACUAUACUCUCUCGUCCAAUCCACCCAAUCCACGAACUAGCUUCAGACUCGGUGACUGGAUAUGCAGCACCCCGAAAUGUGCCGCACAUAAUUUUGGACGCAACUUGGCAUGUAUCGGUUGUGGCUGCCCUCGUUCUAGUCCAGCGCCGCUCUACCAAGCAAUGCCGCCUCCUCCUCCUCCGCCUCCUUCCUCGCGACCCAUGUCUUCACCUCGCUUCCAACCACCACCACCAUCUCCAGCCUACUCCUCGCCCCAGUCACCAGUCUCGCCAAUGCCGUCCAAGUCAAUCCAUCCACUGCUCACGCCCUCUGGACGCGCCUUUGCUGUUGGUGGCAAGGUCCAAAACAUCUCCAGCGACCCGUUGUCCCCGUGUAUCAUGUACUGGCCCGACAACGAACCGUUCCCCGAGCAAGGCCAAAUCCGACCUAGUGGACUCGUAGGCGUUCCCCAGCCACCCAUCUUGAACACCGGGAACCGAGGACCCAUCUCUCACCAACCCGGCGAUUGGAUUUGUCAGAAAUGCAACUAUCUCAACUGGAGACGCAGAAAAGUCUGCCAGACGUGUCUUCCUUACGCCGAAGGGAAUGGUGAUUCCAUUUCAGCAGCCGUACAGGCCGAGCGAAUCGCGCUCCUCACCUCCGUUCUCGCACAGACACACGACCCCCUCCCGGCCCGGUCUCAUUCGCUCACCCCCCCCCAGGUCCAUCGUCCAUUCAUCAAUACCUCGCCGCCACACUCGCGUGCUCAUGCUCACGUCCACCGCUCGCACAGCCAGUUCGAGCUCGGCACCCAGUACAACGCCUACCCCAUCUACCAAACUUCGGGCCACCGCGACCCAGCCCCCCUUCUCCUCCCCUCAUUCCUCCAGGACAUCGUCCAACAGAGCCCCCCCAUGCUCUCCCCCGUCUCGACCUCCUCUGCCGACCUCAGCUUUGACGAGUACGAAGAACGCAGAAGCCUCCCCCCCGCCACCAACAAUAUCUGGCGUAUGGACGGCGAAGAAACAAAGUCCCUCGCAGCAUUUGGCGCUAGCCGGAAAAGUAGCCUUGAAAAUAUCGUGCCCUAAUCAUCACCCCUUCCCACCCUUCUGCUUCUUCCAUUCAUCAUCUCGCACACUAAUUUAUCUUUGACUUGGCCGGACUGUCGGUUGGAACCUUUUGAUUCUUGGGAAACGCAUACCACCCUGUCUUACGAGUAAUGUAUCAGACUUAAUCUCCCCCCAUCAACCCCCUUUUUUGACACUCUGGAUUGCAAUCGUCGUAUAUAUAUACAUUAUAUAUACUUUUAUGUAUCACAGAUAUCUAUAUCUUGGAACAAAUAGCA